GGGAAGAGGGGGUUGGAAGCGGAGCUUCCUGGGACCACCUGCGCCCAGAGGACUGGUGGGAUUAGAUUCGUUGUCGACGCGGGGGACGUGCUCCCUUCUGGCCCAAGGUCAGGGGCAGCGUUUGAGCGGGCCGCCCCCGGGAACCUGCUCGCCCCGGCACCGUCUACAGCCAGGGAGCCGGCGCAGGCCACCAUGGCCUCCUCGAUGCCCAGCGGCUCCCGCGGCUGCUCCGCCGCGGCCGCCUCAGCCGUGUGGCAGUGGCCGGAGUGGGCCAUCGAGUGCAAGGCGACGUUCCUCCACGUGGUGACCGAGGUCGAGGCGCGCUGGCGGCGGGAGCGGCUGCCGCGCUCCAGGUCCGCCCCCGUGGUCCUGCGGGGCGGCGGCCUGGGGCCUGCGCAGGCGCAGGCGCAGCGCUCCCGGACGCAGCGCAGGAGGCAGCAGAGGGUGGCGGGGAAGAAACGGAGGCGCGGGGAGGCCGUGGCAGCCGCCGCCGGGCGGCCGCCCUGA